CCCAGGGACGGUGCAGCAAAGGAGAGAGCUCAGUUGGGUUCUUGUAAUAAAAGAUUCAUCUGAAACUUUGCAGGAUUCAUAUUAAAUCGUGCAUUAUGCAGAAUGCAACCGUUUCUACCCGCGGAUAAAUGUAUAAAAAUAUCCAGCCGCUCUGUUUGUUAUUGGCGGAAAUGAACAUUCGACUGCAGGUCAUUCCAGUUUGUUUUCGCCAGGCAGGGUCGGAACUGACGUUCACAGUCAGCAGCACUCAUCUCUGGAUGUUAUAAAAAGGGAAAGGGAGAGACUUCCGCAUUGGGAUACAAUGGAGUGGUUGGGUUAGCCUUGAGGGAGGUAGAAGUACAGGUUGCGUGUGUGUGUGUGUGUGUGUGUGUGUGUGUGUGUGUGUUCCCAGGCAUAGUCCAGCUGGUUCUGUCCCUUACCCUGCUGCAGGUGCGUCCGCUUCCAGCCAGCGCCGCUGACACUCGGCAACCGAGCUGAAGUUGCCAUUCAUCGACCUCAAUGCAGAAUUCAAGAGGACAGAAUGACCACGAAAGGUUAUCGUAUUUGUGAGAUGACUGACGUUUCCUGUUUGUUUGGUGAGAGCUGAUGUCUUCGAUAUCUGCAGUGUAGGGAAUGUAUAGUUGUUCGUCUGGAACUGACUGACAGUGGAUUCGCUUGCUGCCUGAAUCUGUUUCCAUCCGCUUUCCAUGUGGAGUGAUCAGAUCUGAUGCAGAAUCUGAAGUGGACGUUGUCAGUAUGGCGAGUCGUGAUGGGGACCCUAGUGCCAACCUGCUUGUGUGUCUCGCUAGUAACCGUCUGGUUACCUCUGGUUACCAGGAAUGGAUUUGCCAAGGCCUUGAAGAUUGAGAGUUUAGGGUGGGACCCUGGGUUGGACAAUAAGGGGGCACAUGCGAAUGAAGCUACCCGAGGCAGGACCCAGCUGUCGGAUGCAGGAGGGGGCACCUUGACAUGGGCCGUGUACCUGACCCCUGCAGUGGAAGUGAGUGGCCAGGAGGUGGGGUCGUUGGGUGAACUUGCAAACGAGCUGGCCCAGGCCAUGGGUCUUGAGAACUGGGGUCAGAUUGGAGAGCUGUCUGGCCACUACCUCUUUGCUCUCCCGCUACAUGUACGAAGCCGCCGGGAUCUCAAGGAGACUGAGAGGAUUCGGAAAUCCAUUGAGGCAGCGUUUGCUGGGCAUCACCGUGUCCGCUGGCACGCUGAGCAGAAACUACUGAAACGCUCCAAGCGCAGCCUGCAUUUCAAUGACCCACAGUACCCUCUCCAGUGGCAUCUGCAUAACCGGAGGAAGAUUGGGAUGGAUAUCAACGUGACAGGAGUGUGGGAACACAAUGUGACUGGGGAAGGAGUGACGGUGGUCGUUGUUGAUGAUGGUGUUGAAUACACGGUCCAGGACAUACAAGCAAACUACUCUCCAGAGGGCAGCUACGACCUGAACUCCAACGAUCCAGAUCCUAUGCCACAUCCUGAUGAGCACAGUGAUAAUCAUCAUGGGACUCGAUGUGCUGGGGAAAUUGCUGCAGCCCCAAACAAUUUCUGUGCUGUUGGCGUGGCUUUUGGGAGCCGUAUCGCAGGUAUCAGAGUGCUGGAUGGACCCCUGACUGACAGUAUGGAGGCAAUUGCAUUUAACAAGCACUUUCAGAUCAAUGAUAUUUACAGCUGCAGCUGGGGUCCUGAUGAUGAUGGGAAAACCGUAGACGGCCCACAUCCACUCGGGAAGCAGUUUCACCUGAAGUACAUCCUCCCACAGGUACUGAGUCUCCUGAUCAACAGCCUCUAUUCUGAGGACAAGAAACCCAUUAAGAAGAUUCAGGACACAGACAAAGCUUUCAAACAAAUGGAACAGGUGUCGCGGUUUCUGAAGGCAGCUGAAGAUUAUGGAGUCAACAAAACUGACAUCUUCCAGACUGUGGAUCUGUGGGAAUCAAAGGAUAUGGCUGCUGUUCAGAGAACCCUCAUGGCUUUGGGAAGCAUUGCUGUAACAAGAAAUGAUGGGCAUUACCAUGGUGAUCUAAACUGGUUCCACAAGAAAGCACAAGAGAAUAAGCGAGAGUUCACAGAAGAACAACUGGCCCAGGGGAAGAACAUUAUUGGCCUGCAAAUGGGAAGCAACCAAGGAGCGUCGCAGGCUGGGAUGGUUGGCUAUGGACAAACCAGACAGAUCAUUAGCUAAAUAACAAUAUCGAUUGAACUCUUUCUCUCUGUAAAGCAUGAAUUUACCAUUUCAAAGUCAACAAUAAGUCCAAACAGCUCAACACUAAACCUUCAAUGACCUAAAUUGAGAGAUAUAGAUGAGUAGUAGUUAUUUAUUAUUUGGCAGUUUUAAAAUAAAUGCAUUUCUUAUCUUAACAACAGUUUUGAGUUUUUAGACCCCUUUUGAAAUGGGCUUUAAUUUGGAAUGAUUUGAAAGACAAAAAAAAAAUCUACAUGCCCACCCUGGACUGCCAAGAACUGCAUGUCACAUUGCUAACUUGUAAUUUCAACCAUCUUUGUGGAAUUGUGCAAGUGUAUUAGAGCGUGUUGGCAAGGCUUAUUGUUCAUGUGGCUUAACCAGUCUGCUUUAUUUUUUUUUUUAAUGUCAAUCUGCCUAGUUACUAAAAAAUGUACAUUUUCAAAAAGAGCUAUAAAAAAUGUUUUAAACAAGUCAUUAUAAUUUGAAAGACAUUUUGGAAUAAUUGAGCAAAGCAUGAAUUUCAAUAAAAUAAUAAAGAAGAUUUAAUGUUUUCUGUGUAAAUGGCCAAAGAAAUUCAAAACAAACUCCUGAAAUGAUUACCUUGCCAUUCCAACAAUUUUUUUUUUUAAUUUUUAAAACUAGUUUUUGCUGUUUACUUUGUUGCAUUUGAUUGUUACCUUCCCAAAAUUCACCCUCUUGCUCAUCAUGGACACUGGGGGAUGUUGUUUACUUGCUGGUAAACUUUGAUUUCCAAAAAAUUAUCCAAGUUUACUAUAAGUGAAAUAUUUUUUAAAAAAUAACUUGCACAAGGAGUGGAGAAAGAAAGGUUAACUAGCAACAUGCAACUCUGAUGCUAAGCAACAAUUGUAUCUACGGUGGGAGCAGUGAAUAGCUAUAGAGUUAGUUAGUGGGGCUAAUCUGUAAUUUUUUGGUUUUCUUAGCAGGUUUCUUUAUGGGAAAGAUCCAUUUAUGGUCAUAAGUGCAAGUUUCUAAAACAAGUCUUGUAUAAAAUGUCCCUACUGAGAAUUACUCUUUAAUUAUGUUGUACAUUAUUUUUGUUAAAACAAAUUCUGAAUCAUUUAGCCCUAAAUUUUGUACAUUUGUCAUUUUGAAACCAUAACAACUUAAAUAAAAGUUUUGAGAUGGAGAA